AUGUCUGUAAAUUAUGAUUUCACCGGAAAGGUAGCUCUGAUAACUGGUUCGAGUUCGGGUAUCGGUGCGGCCACUGCUAUACUGUUUGCCAAAUCGGGUGCCAAUGUUGUAGUUACUGGACUUGAUUCGGACGGUGUAAGCAAAGUGGCCAAACAAUGUACAGCUGUGUCACCGAAACAGUUGCCAGCACUGGAAGUUGUCGGCGAUUUGACUGUAGAAGAGGAUUGCAAUCGACUGAUUGAGACAACUGUCCAAACCUAUGGCAAAAUUGAUAUAUUGGUCAACAAUGCAGGAAUGGAUAAGAUAUAUAGUAGGCUUAUAGCUGCAGACGAGCUACCACUUAUAGGCAAUGCGGUAAAGGUGUGA